GCCGGGCUGCUGCCUUCUCCCGCGGUGGGCGCGCGGAACCCCGCGGGCCGACGGCGGCCGGCCGACGCCGAGACGCCCCUUGGGUGGCUUUGUCGUCCUGUUGAGCCGCGACCGCCCCGCCGAUCGGGUUCCUUGGGGAGACUUCGACUUGUUCGAGACCUGAUGGCCAAAAGAAAGGAAGGAAAUUUCUUCUCUCCUGGAAAUGCCAAAAGACCAAGACAAGAAGAGCUGGAUGAUUUUGAUAAAGAUGGUGACGAAGAUGAAUGUACAGUUUCUUUCACUAAUGGUACCUCUACUUUGACAGCAGCAGAUGUUGGAAUAAUUGAGAGUAUUCAGCUCAGAAACUUCAUGUGUCAUUCGAUGCUUGGACCCUUUAAAUUUGGUUCUAAUGUCAACUUUGUUGUUGGCAAUAAUGGAAGUGGGAAGAGUGCGGUACUCACAGCUCUCAUAGUUGGUCUUGGUGGAAAAGCAAUUGCUACAAACCGAGGAUCUUCUUUGAAAGGUUUUGUGAAAGAUGGACAGAACUCGGCAGAUAUCUCAAUAACAUUAAGGAACAGAGGAGAUGAUGCCUAUAGAGCCAGUGUGUACGGUGACUCUAUAAUUGUGCAACAGCACAUCAGCAUGGAUGGAAGUCGAUCUUAUAAACUGAAAAGUGAAACAGGCACCGUGGUUUCCACUAGGAAAGAAGAACUGAUUGGAAUUCUUGAUCAUUUUAACAUACAGGUAGAUAAUCCAGUUUCUGUCUUAACGCAAGAGAUGAGCAAGCAGUUCUUGCAGUCUAAAAAUGAGGGAGACAAAUACAAAUUCUUUAUGAAAGCAACCCAACUGGAACAAAUGAAGGAAGAUUAUUCAUACAUCAUGGAAACAAAAGAAAGAACAAAGGAGCAGAUAAAUCAAGGAGAAGAGCGACUUACUGAACUAAAGCGCCAGUGUUUGGAGAAGGAAGAACGUUUUCAAAGUAUUGCUGGCUUAGGUACCAUGAAGACCAAUCUGGAAUACUUGAAACAUGAAAUGGCUUGGGCAGUGGUCAAUGAAAUUGAAAAACAACUGAAUGCUAUCAGAGAUAACAUCAAAAUUGGAGAAGAUCGUGCUGCUAGACUUGAGAGGAAAACGGAAGAACAGCAGGUCAGACUUAAUGAAGCAGAAACAAAAUACAAGGAUAUUCAAGAUAAACUAGAAAAGAUUAGUCAAGAGACAAAUGCACGAGCACCAGAAUGUAUGGCAUUGAAAGCAGAUCUUACUUCUAAGAAAAGGACCUAUAAUGAAGCUGAGGUUUUGUACAACCGUUCCCUAAACGAGUAUAGAGCAUUAAAGAAAGAUGAUGAGCAGCUUUGCAAAAGAAUUGAAGAACUGAGAAAAAGUGCUGAUCAGUCUUUGGAACCUGAACGGUUGGAAAGGCAAAAUAAAAUAUCUUGUUUAAAAGAAAGAGUAAAGGUCUUACAGGAUCAAGAAAUUUCCAUCAAUCAAGAGAUCGAACAAUUUCAGCAAGCCAUAGAAAAGGACAAAGAAGAACAUACCAGAAUUAAGAGAGAAGAGUUAGAUGUGAAGAAUACACUGAACUAUAAUCAGAGGCAACUGAAAGAAUUGAAAGAUAGUAAAACUGAUCGACUGAAAAGAUUUGGCCCUCAUGUUCCAGCUCUUCUGGAAGCCAUAGAUGAUGCUUACAGACGGGGGCAUUUUACCUAUAAACCUGUAGGCCCUUUAGGAGCUUGCAUUCAUCUUCGGGACCCUGAGCUUGCUUUGGCUAUUGAAUCUUGCUUAAAAGGACUUCUGCAAGCCUAUUGUUGCCAUAAUCAUGCUGAUGAAAGAGUGCUUCAGGCACUGAUGAAAAGGUUUUACCCACCAGGGACCUCACGGCCACAGAUAAUAGUUUCUGAGUUUCGGAAUGAUGUGUAUGAUGUAAGACACAGAGCUGCUUAUCAUCCAGAGUUCCCAACGGUUCUGACAGCUUUAGAAAUAGAUAAUGCAGUGGUCACAAAUAGCCUAAUUGACAUGAGAAGCAUAGAGACAGUGCUGCUGAUCAAAAAUAAUUCUGUAGCUCGUAAAGUAAUGCAGUCCCAAAAGCCACCCAAAAACUGUAGAGAAGCUUUUACUGCUGAUGGUGAUCAAGUUUUUGCAGGGCGUUAUUACUCAUCUGAAUAUAAAAGACCUAAGUUUCUCAGCAGAGAUGUGGAUUCUGAAAUAAGUGACUUGGAGAAUGAGGUUGAAAAUAAGAAAGCCCAGAUAGCAAAUCUUCAGCAACAUUUGUCUGCCCUUGAAAAGGAUAUUAAACACAAUGAAGAACUUCUUAGAAGGUGCCAACUACAUUACAGAGAGUUAAAGAUGAAAAUAAGAAAAAGUAUUUCUGAAAUUCGGGAACUUGAGACUAUAGAAGAACACCAGUCUGUAGAUAUUGCAACCUUGGAAGACGAAGCUCAAGAAAAUAAAAUCAAAAUGAAAAUGGUUGAGAAAAAUAUGGAACAACAAAAAGAAAAUAUGGAACAUUUUAAAAGUCUGAAAAUAGAAGCAGAAAACAAGUAUGAUGCAAUUAAACAGAAAAUUAAUCAGCUAUCAGAGCUAGCAGAUCCACUUAAGGAUGAAUUGGACCUUGCUGAUUCCGAAGUGGAUAACCAAAAACGAGGGAAACGGCAUUAUGAAGACAAGCAAAAAGAACACUUGGUUACUUUAAAUAAAAAGAAACGAGAAUUAGAUAUGAAAGAAAAAGAACUAGAGGAGAAAAUGUCACAAGCAAGACAAAUCUGCCCAGAGCGGAUAGAAGUAAAAAAAUCUGCAUCAAUUCUAGACAAAGAAAUUAAUAGAUUAAGACAAAAGAUACAGGCAGAACAUGCUAGUCAUGGAGAUCGAGAGGAAAUAAUGAGGCAAUAUCAAGAAGCAAGAGAAACCUAUCUUGAUCUGGAUAACAAAGUAAGGACUUUAAAAAGGUUUAUUAAAUUACUGGAAGAAAUAAUGACCCAUAGAUAUAAAACAUAUCAACAAUUUAGAAGGUGUUUGACUUUACGAUGCAAAUUGUACUUUGACAACUUAUUAUCCCAGCGGGCCUAUUGUGGAAAAAUGAAUUUUGACCACAAGAAUGAAACUCUUACUAUAUCCGUUCAGCCUGGAGAGGGAAACAAAGCCGCUUUCAAUGACAUGAGAGCCUUAUCUGGCGGCGAACGUUCUUUUUCUACAGUUUGCUUCAUUCUUUCUCUGUGGUCCAUUGCUGAAUCUCCUUUCAGAUGCCUGGAUGAGUUUGAUGUCUACAUGGAUAUGGUUAACCGUAGAAUUGCGAUGGACAUGAUACUCAAGAUGGCAGAUUCCCAGCGCUUCAGACAGUUUAUCCUGCUUACCCCUCAAAGCAUGAGUUCACUUCCAGCAAGUAAACUGAUUAGAAUUCUUCGAAUGUCUGAUCCUGAAAGAGGACAAACUACGUUGCCUUUCCGACCUGUGUCUCAAGGAGAAGAAGAAGACCGGGGUUGAUUUACUGUGGCUGACUGUGCCACACCCUCAUGUUGAAAGACGUGUAAGGGGAGACGCCUGGGACUAUGGGAAAUAAAAUGAAACUGAAGACA